AUGUUCACAACAAGGAAAGUGGGAUUUGUGAUAGAAAAUGAUCGAUUUGCCAGGAGCAUAUGCGUUAAUUCUGAUAUGACAUUUUAUGAGCUCGAAGCGGCUGUAGCUGGUGAGUUUCAUGUCGAUGCAAAUGCUUGGAUUACUAACUUAAGUUACUGGCUUCCAAAGCAGCUGUCAAUAUUUUCAACGUCUAAAAAGCCUCCAGUAGCUUUAAAUAGCACUGUCGCGCCGAAAGGUUUCUUGCUUGUAAAGGAUACAAAGGCACAUUUAAAUUUUUGCCACUCUAUUGAGCCUAGUGUUGGUGGCGACAUCCAAAAAUUUGAUGGGCGUGAGCUUGGGGAAAGUUUUGGAACUGCCAAAUACAUUCAAAGGGAGCUGGAGAGCGUUCGUGUUGAGUCUCAAGUAGUUCAGUUUGUUACUGCUCCAACAAUAGAGACCAAUGGUGACGUAGAUGAUGGCGCAGGGAAAUACUUUUCAAGUGAGGUGGAGGGCGUUCAUGUUGAGUUGGCAGUGGUUAAGUCUGUUAGUGCCCCAACAACAGAGACAAAUGGUGAAGCAGUUGAUGCUGAUGCAGGCACGCCAUCUUUGAGUACAGACAUUGAUGGAAGAUGCGAGGAAGAUUUCUUUGCCAACUACUCUGAGGAUGAGGUUGAUCAGAGGGAGCUAGAGGCUUUAGAAAGAGCUGAAGCGGAAAAGGCUCGUGUUAAAGGCAUUAGUCUCCGAAUGAAGAAGGCUUUGAAGCUUGUCAUCGAGUAUGCAGUCGAGUGGUGUGAUGGUGAUACUCGACUUCCGGGUAGAGUGAUGAGGUCAAGUAGUGGUCUGGCAAUGGGAUGA